GGGAAAAGUAGGAAAUCCUAAGUUAGGAUCUAAAAUUCUUUGAACAAACUCAAAUUGUAAAUGACAAAUGGUGACAAUAUGAACGGAGUUUGAGAAUCUGAAAACAGUUGCGAUUCCCAGUUAAAGUUUAUGAUCCUAAAAAUGGUAUAGACCAAAUACGACAUAUGCCUGGCUAAGGUCUAUUAUGGACGAUGUCUUACCUGGCUGUUAAUAAGAAAUUCUAAGUUACGGCAGCUGCCGCGGAUUAGUCCACUUAUUAGCGGACCCGGGUCGAGCCAAUCGCACCAAUAGGCAGGUAGCCUGGUGCAAUCCAUCUCACCUGGUGGCCAGGUAAAUCCCUGAGCUUGCAUAAAAGGGGCGAGCAGUGCUAAGUGGAUAGACAGUUCAACUACAAACGUCAACAUGAAGAGUCGCAUGGCAUCCUUGAUCAAGAAGACGGGCAAGCCGUACACGGAGUCCGAUAAGCUGCCGUACAUCAACAACUAUGGCGCACUCGAGCUGGAGGCAGCUGCCGCACUGCUAAUGCUGCGCUAUCAGUACGAAAUCAAGGCCGCCAAUAUCAAGCAGACAACGCCUCCGCUCUCAACAGUCACAGUAAUAGGUGGAGGAGGAGCAGACGCCUCAUUCGAACCCAUCGCCGAGGAGUCCACGCCGAAGGAGCCGAUGCGCAGUUCCAUGGCUGCUGCAUCGCAGCCGCUGAAGAAACGCAGCAUCCCACCGCAUCUGCUGCGCCGCUCGCUGACGCCAGCCAAGGCGACGCCGCCACCCACGCCCAGUUGCAGCAGCAGCAGCAGCAACAACAGCGUGGCAGCAAUCGGCGGCAGCACAAUAGUGAAAGCCAAGCAGAAGGCCACCUCCACUGCGGCAUGCAACAAGGCGUUGCUCAAGUCGUGUCGCAACAUGAUUCGUGAGUUCCUGGACAAUCAGGAGUUGAUCUAAAAUUUCCUAGGUGGUAGAUCUAAAAGACAGACUAUCGAAGACAUCAUUUACUUAAGACGUAGAUCUAAAACUUAAUCAGCAGCGGUUUUAAACUUCAAAAGUAAUUUAAACACGGUGAUCUAAAACAAUUCGGCAAGUGAUCUAAAUACACAAUCAGUAUCUCAUC